CGUUGUCUUACACGACGACUUCCACGUUCUCUAACGGGGGAACUCUCGUCAACAACCAACACCAACCAAUGAAAACUUAUUUCGAAAUGCUGUUCUUGCCCCCAGAAAUCGCCGAGGAAAUACUUCGAUAUCUAAACAUCAAAGAGAUAAAAGCUCUUCGCUUGACAUGCAAAUAUUUCAACGUUCUUGCAUAUCCUUUCGUCUUCGCUACCAUUCAUGUUUACCUCAACAGUAUCAAUUACUAUCAGCAAAGUCUCUCCGUUCUCAAAGCUGUAUCUUCUCGAGGUCGCUGCCAUCGUCUGUCUAUUGGGAAAUACGUCAAGCAUCUUUACAUCCACUCGCAUACCGAUGAUACUCAAGUUCUACCAAAGCACGAAAAUUUCUGGAAUAGCCUUACCAAGUCUCAACGUCGCCUUGAGAAGCGAAUUUACACAUCUCUGCCUUUUAUGAUAUGUUUAAAAAAGAUUACCUGGCAUCUCAUCCAUCCCAUCCGUCAGCAUUUCGUCGACACCAUCAUGUACUCUAUUCCCCCUAGCAAGCCGAUAGCUGUUGACCUGGAAUGUCCCAUGGAGCACCUCAAACUAUUUGAAGACCUUACCUGCGUUCAUAGCAUGACUAUUAAUGCUUAUUCCGCGUUUUGGAGACCUAGGUCUCUGCUGUACAAUCUCGUUGUAAACAAUCACGACUUAAAGGUUCUUCGUAUCCACAUGGACAAGAAAGACAUGAUGUCCUUCCCCCUCUGGUGUCUCUUCUCCGAAAUUCCUUCAGGAACAGUCUCUCAGCUGGAGGAGUUGAUUAUCAUUGGGGGCUUCACUCUGGAAGAGCAAAUACCGGUCGUUCAUUUGCUGAACCUCAAGGUGCUGGAUGUAGUCUUUGGGUACCCGAACGUCCCAUGGGACUCAUUAUGCAGCGCGAGAAUCCAUCUAUCGGAUAUUUAUGCGCAUAAUAGGAUAAACGACUCCCUAUUGACCUACCUCGGCUCUUAUGAUGGCCUAGAGCAAUUGAAGAUUCACGCCGACCAUGAUGAUGCACAUUCGCAGCAAUUUUACCAUGCUAUUCUUCCAAGGCAUGCCAACACCAUCAAGCUGUUAUGGGUUCUUCCAUCUUCUUGGUCUGGAACCGUCUGGGGUCUAGACACAUAUGUGUUGGAAGAGUUGCUGCAAUGUGAAGGUCUAACUGAUAUCCGUAUCCCUAUCGGUCUGCAGAAUGCCAGCGUAACAAACGCCGAAAACAUUAUCGUAAACUCUGAUUCUCGGUACCCUCGCGACAUGGCAAUGGCCAAACCUCAAGGUUUUACGGUUCCUCCCGCCUUUGAAUAACCCCGAGAACGUCAGCGUUAUAGAAUCCUGCGUCUGUAGAUGUAUAGAAGUGAUGCGCUUCACGAUCUCCAGACAAUGUACACGACUUCCGGGGUCUGAAUGGCGAGAUUCUCUUCGUGUCUCCGUUCAUCGUCGUGG